AUGGUUCCCGAGGUGAGGGUCCUCGCCUCCUUGCUGGGACUCGCGCUGCUCUGGUUCCCUUUGGACUCCCACGCUCGAGCCCGCCCAGACAUGUUCUGCCUUUUCCACGGGAAGAGAUAUUCCCCUGGUGAGAGCUGGCACCCCUACCUGGAGCCACAGGGCCUGAUGUACUGCCUGCGCUGCACCUGUGCUGAGAACGCCCAUGUGAGUUGUUACCGCCUCCACUGCCCACCUGUCCACUGCUCCCAGCCUGUGACGGAGCCACAGCAGUGCUGUCCCAGGUGUGUGGAACCUCACACGCCCUCUGGGCUCCGGGCCCCCCCCAAGUCCUGCCAGCACAACGGGACCACAUACCAACAUGGAGAGAUCUUCAGUGCCCAUGAGCUGUUCCCCUCCCGCCUGCCCAACCAGUGUGUCCUCUGCAGCUGCACCGAGGGCCAGAUCUACUGUGGCCUCACAACCUGCCCUGAACCAGGCUGCCCCGCACCCCUCCCGCUGCCUGACUCCUGCUGCCAGGCCUGCAAAGAGGGAGCAAGUGAGAAAUCAGCAGAAGAGGACACGACGCAGUCACACCGUGGGGCGAGACAGCCUCAGGAUCCGUGUUCGGGUGACGGCGGGAGAAAGAGAGGCCCAGGCACCCCAGCCCCCACCGCCCCCAGCGCCCCUCUGGGCUUCAUCCCUCGCCACUUCCGACCAAAGGGGGCAGGCAGCACGACUGUCAAGAUUGUCCUGAAGGAAAAACAUAAGAAAGCCUGCGUGCAUGGCGGGAAGACGUACUCCCACGGGGAGGUGUGGCACCCAGCCUUUCGCUCCUUCGGCCCCCUGCCCUGCAUCCUGUGCACCUGUCAGGAUGGCCGCCAGGACUGCCAGCGUGUGAACUGCCCCACCGAGUACCCCUGCCGUCACCCUGAGAAAGUGGCUGGGAAGUGCUGCAAGAUUUGCCCAGAGGACAAGGCAGACCCUGGCCACAGUGAGAUCAGCUCCACCAGGUGUCCCAAGGCACCGGGCCGAGUCCUCAUCCACGCGUCAGUGUCCCCCAGCCCAGACAACCUGCAUCGCUUUGCCCUUGAGCAUGAGGCCUCUGACCAGGUGGAGAUCUACCUCUGGAAGCUGGUAAAAGAUGAGGAAACUGAGGCUCAGAGAGGUGAAGUACCUGGCCCAAGGCCACACAGCCAGAAUCUUCCACUUGAUUCAGAUCAAGAAAGUCAGGAAGCAAGACUUCCAGAGAGAGGCACAGAACUUCCGGCUGCUCUCUGGCACCCACGAAGGUCACUGGAACGUCUUCCUAGCCCAGAGCCCGGAGCUGAAGGUCACGGCUAG